GUGGGAGUUGCUGCAGCUACAGCAGUCAUCCGUUCGCUCGCGACGUGACGACAUCGGAGUGAUCAGUGCCGCAGCCGGCCUUGCCGCCACUAUGGACGUUUGGAUACUGCUGUCUAUAUUAGCGGGCACCGUCGCUGCCUAUUACUAUUUCUUCAAAGAAUUGAAUUUCUUUAAAAAGCAUGGACUUCUUCACGUACCACCGUUGCCUAUCGUGGGCAACAUGGGACCAGUUUUCGCUCGCCGAAAAACAAUUGCCGAUAUUGUCCACGCGGUCUACAACCUGAACCAGGACGCUAAAUACGUCGGCUUCUUCGACGGUAUGAAUCCAAUAGUGAUGAUUCGCGAUCCGGAACUCAUCAAAUCCAUCGGCGUGAAGAACUUCGAUGUGUUUCCGGAUCAUCGUGCUUUCAUCGACGAAACUAAUGAUCCGCUGUUCGGCAAGAAUCUGUUCUCGCUGCGUGGCGACAGAUGGCGGGACGUAAGGUCCCUCCUGAGUCCCGCCUUUACGGCCAGUAAGAUGAGAAGCAUGUUCAAGCUGAUGUCCGACUGUGCUGCUAAUUUCACCGAUUUCCUGUCGAAGUUGCCAUCGGAAAAGAGCACCAUGGAAAUGAAGAACUGCCUCACCAGGUACACGAGCGACGUGAUCGCGACCUGCGCAUUUGGCAUCAGCGUCGAUUCCAUGAGGAAUCCCGAUAACGAUUUCUACGUUUACGGGAAAGAACUAACGACCUUCGAUUUAGCGCGCACUAUGAAGUUCUAUUUAGUCAGAAGUUGGCCGCGCCUCACCAGCUUGUUAGGGAUCAAAUUCGUCAACAACCGCGUGGGCGAGUUCUUCCAGGACCUCAUAAGAAUGACGGUGGAUUCUAGAGACAGACAAAAUAUCGUGCGCCCGGACAUGAUGCAACUAAUGAUGGACACCAGAGGUAAACGGGGCCCCGGCAAAGAACUGACUAUCGAAGACAUGACCUCGCAGGCAUUUCUCUUCUUCUUCGGCGGUUUCGACACCGUUUCCAUCUUAAUGUGCUUCGCCGCGCACGAGAUCGCCGUUAAUCCCGAGAUUCAGGCGAAACUGCGCGAGGAAGUAGAUGGAGUGCUGAAGACGGCAAACGGAGAAUUGACGUACGAGGCGCUCAACGGAAUGCAGUAUCUGGACGCCGUGAUCAACGAGGCUUUGAGGAUGUGGCCCGUGGCGGUGUUUCUGGAUAGGAUGUGUGUGCAAGACUUCGAGUUGCCACCUGCGCUUCCGGGAGACAAGCCCUUCGUGGUGAAGAAAGGGAUGAACGUCUGGUUCCCCGUUUACGGCCUUCAGCGGGAUCCGAAAUACUUUGACAAUCCGAAUGUAUUCAAUCCCGAGCGUUUCUUGAAUGAGAGCAAAAAGGAGAUAAACUCAGGCGCAUACAUCCCGUUCGGAAUGGGCCCAAGGAUGUGCCUAGGCAACAGAUUUGCGUUAAUGGAGACGAAGGUCAUGCUGUUUCAUCUGUUAGCUCGUUGCGAAUUGAAAAUGUGUGAAAAAACUAGCCACCCACUGCAGCUGAGUAAGAAAGUAUUUAACAUGAUGGCGGAAGGUGGAUUUUGGCUGAAGGUUCAACCACGAAGUGAUAAAGCUAACGUAUCCUCGAGCACUAACGGUGCGGUGACUAAUGAUUUAAAUUCGCAGAAGCAACAAUGAAAUAUGCACUUUUAAAUGCGACACUGUUUGAGUGAAAGAAACAAAGCUCGAAAGACUGGUAUAUCUUAUGAUAAUGUCCGAAAAAUAAUUGUAUUUCGAAUAACAUUAUCAUUACGAUAAUCAAAUUAAUUAAUGUGUAUACAUAUACAUUUUCUUUAAUAUGUAUAGAAUAACUGUAUGCAAAAUAAAGUUAAAACGUAAAGAA